UGCGCAUGCGCAAGGCGGAAAGGGUUUGGGGGGUGUGGCCAUCGUGGUGCCAUGGCGGUGGCCAACGCGGUGGCCAUCAAGGAGCCAGGGCGGUGGCCAUCGCGGUGCCACGGCAGCAUCCAGCACGAUGGCCAGCACAGUGCCAGGGCGGUGGCCACGGUGGUGGCAAUGCUGUGGCAGUGGCCAGCACGGUGGCCACUGCAGUGGCCAUCAAGGAGUCAGGGCGGUGGCCAUGGUGGUGGCCAUCAAGGAGCCAGGGUGGUGGCCAUCGCGGUGCCGUGGCAGCGGCCAGCACGAUGGCCAGCACAGUGCCAGGGCGGUGGCCACGGUGGUGGCAAUGCUGUGGCAGUGGCCAGCACGGUGGCCAACGCGGUGGCCAUCAAGGAGCCAGGGCGGUGGCCAUGGUGGUGGCCAUCAAGGAGCCAGGGUGGUGGCCAUCGCGGUGCCGCAGCAGCAUCCAGCACGAUGGCCAGCACAGUGCCAGGGCGGUGGCCAUGGUGGUGGCAAUGCUGUGGCCAGCACGGUGGCCAUCAAGGAGCCAGGGCGGUGGCCAUCGCGGUGCCGUGGUGGUGGCCACGUCGUCGUGGUCCUGUGUGUGUGUGUCCCCCCCCCCAGAGCGUCACCGGCACCUUCUGCCCGCCGCACGCGGACGCGGCCCUGGUGAGCUGCGGUUUGCACCGCGGCCGCUUCCUCCUCUCGGACACGACCUUCCCCGGCUCCACCACCGCCCUCCUCAAGAGACCCCCCUUCUGCCCCGCCAAGCGCCUGCCGCCGCUCCUCCCCGCCGCGCCGGGGGUGGCCGCGGGGGUGGCCGUGCUGCUGCAGGCCAGCACCGGCCGCAUCCUGCUCACCCGCCGCGCCGGCGCCCUCAGCACCUUCCCCGGCGUCUGGGUGCCGCCCGGUGGGCACGUGGAGCCGGAUGAAGAGGUGAGGGGACAACAUGGUGACAGCGCCUGGCUGCUGGCCGGGGGGCUGCGGGAGCUGGCGGAGGAGACGGGGCUGCGCCUGGCAGCGGGGACCUUCUCCUGGAGGACGCUCGGCCUCUGGGAGUCCAUCUACCCCCCCCGGCUGAGCCAGGGGCUGCCGCGCCGCCACCACAUCGUCACCUACCUGCUGCUGCGCUCCGCCGAGUGCCACCGGCGGCUGGAGGCCGGGAUGAGCCCCAGCGCCGGCGAGGUGAGCGCCUACGCCUGGCUGGAGCCCCCGGUCCUGGAGGCCAUCGCAGCCACCGAGGAGGGAGCCGAGAGGUCGGGCGCCGUCCCCGAGGCGCUGCCGGACGCCGUGGGCAUCACGGAGCUGAGCGGCGGCACCACCCGCGUCCCCACCGGCACCUUCCUGAGCGCGGCCGGAGGCGGCCAACGCGUCAGCACCGGCACCAAGUUCGCCCUCGGGCGCUGGCUGGAGGCGCGGGGGGGAGCCCGGUCCUACACCCCAGAAUAAAAACUACUGCCCGUGGGGAA